AUGUUUGACUUGUACAGCAUAAAAGCACCAUCAUCAAAAAAAUCACUUCAAGGAUUUGUUGCGUAUUUUGACGAACUCUUGUCUAUAUUGAAUAUCUUCGAUGAGCAUUGCCUUACAUUCACUUGCGAUACCAGUAUUCCAGAUUCCUGUAAACGAAAGUCUUUAUCCCAAGAAGCAUUCGAUUCCAUUUAUCAAAACCAAAAAGCAGUAAACGACGAUGUUAUACAUCCUAAAGAGUGGUACCAUCUCAACCUCAACCGUACCGAAAUCUGCAUAAACAAAUGUACUGAAAUAUGGCAAAAAAAAAAAACUUAUGAACGUCCCCCACAAUAA